GCCGUUUUCGGCCAGGCGCCACUUUUAGUUGCUGUCACUGUGUUAGUUAAAUUGAAACGUUUUGCCGCCAAUUGAGUUUAGAUUAAAAUUUCUUUAUUUCACAUUUUUCAAAAUGUCCGGCACAAGUGCGACACCAACAUCCGCCAGCAGUGCGGCCUCCGUUUCACCUAGCGCCGACAAUACUGGAAUGGAGGAUAUCCAGUAUUUGCUCUACUUGGAGACUUUACGUCGGUUUCGUGACGAUGAGACGAAUAUUAAGCGCCAAGUGGACGAAAAAACUCGACAGUAUUUGGAAGUUAAAGAAAAUUAUUUACAAUUAUAUGCCAAGUACGUGAAGCUAACGACUUUAGCUGCUACACGUUGUGCUUUGUUAACCGAUAAUCCCUUACCGAUUGCAACAGUUACAGCCGCGAAUAACGAAAUCGAUGCUGCGGCACGUAAACUAGCCUCUGGUGAUAUGAUGGAGUCAAUCAAUGAAGUAGACGUUGUACAAUGCAGGGAUAAAUUGAGCGCUUGCAAAACACAUGAGAAACUAAAGCAAUUGAAACGAGAAUUGGCUGAGAGCAAAACCACUGUGCGUGCCAUACAAACGUCUGCCGAAACUGUGGAUGCCACUAUUGAGACGGCAACGCUGCAAAGCCUGGACAACUUUGUAGGGGAAGUUGGUGAAAACAGGCUAAAGAAAACACCAUUGCGAAAUUUAUUUACGAAUAAGUAAUUUAUUGGCUUCACUUUAUUAAUUGCGUGCUGAUUUGCAUUGUAUGAUUAACUGAUUGAUGGAAAGAUGGCAUACUAAACGUGCGCAUUUCAAACAUAGUUUCUAGCAUUUUCAGCGGUGGAGCGGAAAAGAGAGAAUAAAUAAAGGCGGGGAAAAUCAUCAUAUAAUGUGGUAUUAGGGCAACUAAGGGGUAUAAGGCUAGGUACUUUCUGUUUUAAAUAUGUAUAUCUUAAUACUUUUAAUAAACAAAUUUUCACUUAAAAUAUAAGAGCUUAGAUUUACCACUUGGAGCGCUUAGACCAAUCUUUGGGCGUCCAGUGUAGACAUUUGGAAUCGAUGCGAAUUUUACGUUUGUCCAUUGCUUUUUUGUGUUGAUCAAUUAUGUCUCGACUGAUGCAAACUAUAUACUGGCCUUUGUAAUAGUUGAUAAGAUUCAAAUUUUGUAAUGUUGAUAUAACAUCCUCUUUCUUGAUGGAAGUGCAUUCACAGAUAUCACUAGAGUAUGUAGAAAUAUAAAAUUAAAAAUUUAACAAUAAA